GAUGAAUACAACUAUAUCUCCAUCCACUCCCGAAUAUUUCAUGUAUUCAUUUGGUAAAGAGGAUAGUGUUCUUAUAACAAUAGAAAGUCCGGACGAUCUCUGUAUGCACGUAUCCGUUCAGGAUAGAAAGGUAGACGAUUCAGCUCUUGUUUAUUGUAUAUGUAUUGAAGCUUUAAUUACCUUCGGAAGUAUUAUUAACAAAAAGGCAUUUCCCGGAGGUUUCUUCUUGGUUUUUGUAGCAAGUCUUACAAAGUCUGAUUGUACGAAAGCUGUCGAAAAACAUCCUGGUAAUAAUACGAAGAAAUUCAUCAGUUUUACGGUCAAGAGUGCUCUACCAAAAAGCAAAUAUUGGGAACCUAUACUGUUCGCUAUAGCCUGGUUUCUGCUCUUUUACAUCGUUGCCAUGGUCAUAUGUUGCAUUUGUUAUUUUACAUUGACUUGGAAUAGAUUUAAGAAGAACGUCUCUCAGCCUCUCGUUACUGAAAGAAAUGAUGGAAUGAGAUCUCCAAUUGUUGCUUCUGAGGGACAAAUGGACGGAUAUGGAGCAACAACCGAUGCACCACAAUCAACUGGUAUCCCACACGUAAUUCGACGUCAAUCAUCGGAUUCAUCCUUAAACGAAGACGAUUUUGAUACGUUAAACGAUGCGGAGAGCGACAAGAACGUUUUCCGCUCAAAGAACAAUAUUUAA